AUGGCCAGAGGGCUCGCCGUCCACUCGCUUGAGCCACAAAACUUCCCCGGCCCAGCGGACAUGCUCCGUGGCAAACCGCCGGGAGCGUACACGGCAUUGAAGGUGGACAACUGGCGGCACCUAGUGGACUGGACACUGCACUCGCGCCGAUUGGCAAAGUCUGUUCAGGUCCUGCAUGAAGAAGCAGGCGGAAUGUACAAGGCGCUUUUGAGCCAGGUGGAGACACAGGGGACAACGUUGAACCGCUGCAUCAACCAUGCUCUUCUGCCGUCUCUUGUGCUGGCCCUGCAGACUUGCCAGGAGGCCAAUGAACAGAAAACCAGCUACUGCAUGCUCGUGCCGUUGCUCUGCGAUCCGAUAGGGACUUCGACGCAGACAGGAUCGCCAUUGGAUGUUUUUGUGCUUGCUGAACCACUCUCAGUGGAAGCCUCCCACCCUGUGGAAGUGUCUGUACUGGGGCGUCCCAGGACAAUACCUCUUGCCAAGUUUUCACAAUGGGCCACUGACCGGCAGUGUAUUGAGGCAAAGAAGGCCAAAUCUGAUGGAGAGGCCCUUCUUUGCACACAAGAUGGAAAUCUGCUUGAGGGUCUCCUCACCAACUUUUUUGUCGUUCAAG